AUGUCAUUUACCUUUGAUUUCACUUCAGAUGAUUUUAGUGAAGAUGAAUUCAUAUCUGAUACAAAUUGUGCUACUAUUGAUAAAAACAAAAGCAAUCCAUUAGACGAAGAAAGAUUAUUAGCCAAUGAUAUUGUUCAACCUAAAUUCGAACUUUUAUCACAUAUUUUACAAAGCUUAAAAGAUGUUCGAGUCUCAUUUGAACAAAUUUUUAGUGCAGAGGAGAAAGCGAUCCUAUAUAGAAGAGAGUUAUUUGACGUUAAGCAUCAAUUAAUGAGUGAAGUUGAUGACGUUGAUGCUUCAAAUGAAAACCACGUUGAAUUAGACAUUUUAAUUGGGGAUACAUCUGAGGAUUUAAGGAAAAACAUAUAUGAAGGUGGCCUAAAAUCAUGGGAAUGUAGCAUUGAUUUAGUUGAUUUAUUAAAUAAGGAAGUAAUUAAUCCUACAUUUUUAAAAAAGUUUGAUAAUUUAAUCGAAUUAGGAUGUGGCACUUCCUUACCCACAGAAUUCUUAUUCGGUCAUUAUUUAAAAAGUAACAGUAACGACGGUUUAAAAAUUUUACUAUCAGACUAUAAUUAUUCUGUUUUAAGAUUGGUUAGUAUUCCAAAUUUAGUUAUUACCUGGGCGAAAUUUACCUUAUCAGAAACUGAAUGUGAAAUUUUACAGAAACAUCAAGAUGAAAAUAUGCCCAUAAGAGAUGAUGAAAUUCAAUUUUCAGCUAAGUUGUUAGAAACAUUUCAUGAAGAUUUAAAAAGAAGAAAUAUCACUAUUGAAUUAGUUUCUGGCUCAUGGGGUCGCAAGUUUAGCAAUCUUACGGAAAAUAUUUUAAAAAACUCAUCAAACUUAGUUUUAACUUCAGAGACAAUUUAUCAACCAAUAACUCUACCAGUGGUAGCAGAAACCAUUUUAGAUUACUUAAGAAUUGCAAAAGAUUCUCAGAUUUUAGUUGCCGCUAAAGACAUUUAUUUUGGGGUUGGUGGUAGUAUUAUUGAAUUUGAAAAUUAUCUAGAGAAAAGAAAUAAUGCAAAUAAGUUAAACCUUAGAAUUGAUACGUUUAAAGUAAGUGCUGGCUUGAAAAGAUCAAUUAUGCUAAUUGAUGGGCAGAACUAG